UUUCCUUUUCGGGCCAUAAUUAAUUAUAUUAUAUUAUUAUCUUGUCGCGCUUUUUGCUUGUCGCAGCUUCCUCGACAGUCGCCAUGGCCUCAGACAGGGAGGACGAUGCACUCCAGGAUGGCCUCGAUGCUGGCGGCCUCUUCGACGUCCCAGAGGGCUUCUACCCGCCCGAGAAGGAGCCCACUUAUGCUGAGCACAAAAUGCUCUCCGGCCAGACCGUGCGUGUGCGCCUGGUCGGCAGCCAUCCAUUAUACGGGGAUCUGCUAUGGAACGCGGGCCGGACCAGCGCAGACUAUCUAGAAGAGAGAGCCAACGAACUGAUCGAGGGCAAGGAUGUGCUGGAGAUCGGAGCCGCUGCAGGUGUACCCAGUAUCGUCUGCGCCAUCAAAGGCGCGCGCACUGUAGUCAUGACGGACUAUCCGGACCCAGACCUCGUCGAUAACAUGCGCCAGAAUGCUUCGUCCUCCGCGUCGCUCAUACCAAGCCAAUCCUCCCUGCACGUCACCGGAUACAAAUGGGGCAACCCUGUUGAUGAACUGCUUUCAUACCUGCCAGAGGGUUCGAAGGCCUUCGAUGUGCUCAUCAUGGCGGAUGUGGUGUACAGCCAUCGGGAGCAUCCCAAUCUCGUCAAGACCAUGCAGCAGACGCUGAAGAAGACGAAAGAGGCGGUGGCACUGGUGAUCUUCACGCCUUAUCAGCCAUGGCUGCUUCCAAAGACGGAGAAAUUCUUCCCGCUGGCAGAGGAGAACGGCUUUACGGUCACAAAGAUAUUUGAGAAAUUGAUGGACAAAGUCUUGUUUGAGAAUGACCCAGGUGAUGAGAAGCUGAGACGGACUGUUUUCGGAUAUGAAAUCAGAUGGGCCGAAGACCAACUAUAAAAGUCAUUUAAGAGAGGCGUUUAGGGCAUUCAUGCAUGAUGCAAUGCUGAAAAGUUACGUUCACGACACAGACUCAUGACAUUCACAAUAGACCUUUCAUUAUAUAGAAGCAUCCGCAAGAGACGCAAAAUAUAUAUAACACCGGCUUGGAGUCUUCCUUGCUUCAUGGAAUAAUCUGUGGGCCAGGAUUCUGUUGUCUAGUUUUACCAAGUUGUAGUGAGAAGUUAACUUUCAAGUAUACCCAAUGUAAUUCCCAAGGCAGUGUAUAAAAAGGCU